AUGGCGCGUCUCCUGUCAAGGGAUCAAUGGACCGCACUGAAUGACCUUCGCAGUGCCUACGACUCUUCCUUCCUUAUUAGUGAAUCUGAUCACACCCCGGAAAACAGUUGUACUCUGACCCUCAGCAGUCUGGUUAACACGUCCGGCUUCCUUGUCCGGAAAUUCAUUAAUUUUGCCAAGAAAUUAGCUGAUUUCAACGUUCUUGGACAGGAGGGUCAGGUCUGCCUACUGAAGGGUGUGGUCCUAAACGCCCUCUUUAUUCGAUCUGCUAGUCACUAUGACGUUGUACGAGACUGUUGGGUGACGCCAAAGGGUGACAUUCCUACGCGUAUUCUCAAGGUUGCCACCGGUCUGGAGAACCUGUACGAGGAACAUGCCAAGUACUGCAGGUUGGUAUCAAACAUCUACGACAGGUACAUUCUUCUGCUGAAACACUAUCUCGAGGCAAGACACGGAUUCACCCGUGGACGCACCCUCCUGGCCUCUGUGCUAACCAAUCUGGCAGAGCUUGAGACCCUGACUGAUAACUAUGGUCACAUCUUGUUGCAUGGUGCUGAUGAAGGAGCAGUCACACCUGAUACGGAGGACGAGGAUAGUGAGGAGAAGGAUCUGCCUCGCCAACAUGAUAUGGGAUAUGGAACACCACCGACGGAUACGCCCCAUUCAACUCUCACCCAUUCCUUGAUCGAGGUCUCGAAAAGCUGA